AAAAUUGUCUUAUAGCAUUUUACGCGUAAGCUUAGUGGUUUUUUUUUUUGAUUCAUUAACUUUUUUCAGUUGUUUCAUCUUAUCGCCGUUUCCCUUUCAUCGUUCAUGCAAGGUCAAACUCGAUAAGUUCUUUCUCACACCAAGGUCAGACUAUGUAUGAACACUAUCAUCAUCAAAUUUGAACUGAGUAGACUACAAGUAUAGACGGAACAGGAAACCUAGGAGUUUUCAACCGAGCACUAGUAGAUAAGAAUCAGAAAAAGACAAAUCAUGACGAAACGGCCGAAAUGUCUUGGCGACACGAAGCCUGUCGCCGAGAUGUCGCCGCAAACUUUGAUGGACAACGGAUUUCGCCAAAUCGAAAAUGGAAACUUUGUGCGUGGGUAAAUUUAUACAAAUACCCACUAAUUUAGAUUUUCUGUGCUUUUGCAGUUCUACCGCUGUAUUGUAGAGACAGAUUGAUAAUGAUAGAAUAGUGUGUGAAAAUAGAUGCUGCAUGAUUACACUCUACGAAGUUGUUGAACAUGACUAGUGUUGGCUUAAAAACAGCAAUAUGAUAUCAUAAUUGUUCCAACCUGGUAUCAAUACCCAACACAGAGCCUCUCCUUGUGGGUACGAGUUCGCAAAUCCCAGGCCCUGCCGACACGGUAAGCACGAGUACAACACGACCUACUCCGCUCCCCGCGGCAGUAGGGCACCUGGUGACUAUCAGGACACUCACAAUGGGCGCGGCUUCACGCAACCGCACGUGAAGGCGAAAAAAGAAUUGCGACAGAAUUACGUCAUCGAACCACCAGAGUACUGCUUGAAGGAGCGCAACAAAGGAGACGGCAAGUCGAAAGGAAAGGAAUGUAACUCCUCUGAUGAUGCCGACGAGUACAGCAAGGGCAAACGCAAAGGGAAGAAUGGUUACUACUUCUCCGAUGAUGACGACGAGUACAGCAAGGGCAAAGGGAAGAAAGGUUACGACUCUGAUGAUGACGAUUGCUGGAAGAAGGGAAAAGGAAAGAUGAAAGGUGACUCACCGCCGAAGGGAACAGGCAGCAAGGGAGGCGUGCGAUACUCUCUUCCCGAUGGUGGAUUUGGCUAUAGGCACGACAAUGGUGCCUUCUUCGAGCGUGAUGGGAAGGGGGACGACAGAUACGAAUUUCCAGACGGUCACGGAUGGACGCGAAGCAAGGGUGACGGCAUGAAGCAUCAUUUUUCGCCAUCGCGGUCGGACUCGCCGACUCGGUGCAGCUCAGGUUCAUCCCACGACGACUAAUAAAUUAGAUUAAUAUAAAUAUUCAUGAAGAUCCAUCAAGGUCAAGCCAACAUUUCUGAGGUUUCGAAUGGAGUUCCAAGAACGAUUACACCUAAAAUGAUCAGCAAUCUACACUGUGAAAUGGGCUGUGUUUAUGCACCACUUUCGGGUUUUCCGAUCAUGACGAAAAAUUUAUCGGCAGAGUUAUCUGUGAAGGGCAGCCAC